AUGGGGGGGACACAGUCACUGGCGCUGCCCCAGGGGAAGGGACCUCACCAGGUGGGCUGCACAGAUGUCAUGGUGGGCCACACGCAGCAGGGGCUGUUCCUCCGGCUCUUCUACCCCUGCCUGCCCCGGGCAGGGGCUGAGCAGCCUCUCUGGAUCCCACGUUACCAGUACUGCUGUGGGCUGGCCGAUGUCACCCACCACAGCCGGCACUGGUGUGCGCCCCUGCUCAGCAUCGCCAUCGGCUCCUGCCGAGUGCCAGUGAGCUGGAAUGGGCCUUUCAAGCCCUGCAGCAGCGGGUACCCACUGAUCAUCUUCUCCCAUGGCCUGGGAGCCUUUCGGACCCUCUACUCCUCAAUCUGCUCGGAGCUGGUGUCCUGGGGCUUCGUGGUGGCAGCGCUGGAGCACAGGGACCACUCUGCCUCCGCGACGUAUUUCUGCACGGCAGAGGCUGGGAGAGAGGAGUGGAUCCCCUACCAGCAGGUGCCCCAGGGACAGAAGGAGUUUUACUUCCGAAAAAAGCAGGUGCAUCAGAGAGCUGAGGAAUGUGUGCGAGCGCUCCGGCUCUUCCAGGACAUCAGCAGUGGUAAAUCUGUCCCCAACGUCCUUCACCAGGACUUUGAGCUCUCCGUGCUGAAGGACAGUGUUGAUCUGAGCAAAGUUGCUGUCAUGGGCCAUUCCUUUGGGGGGGUGACAGCCGUGCUGGCCUUGGUGAAAGAGCCCAGCUUCAGCUGCGCGGUGGCUCUCGAUGCCUGGAUGUUCCCCCUGGAGAAUUCACUGUACCCAGAAGUGCCCAAGCCCGUGCUUUUCAUCAACACGGAGGAAUUCCAGACGCCAGAAAGUGUUGCCAAAAUGAAGAGGCUGAGCUCCAGAAACAGCCAGACGAAGAUUAUAACCAUCCUGGGGUCGGUUCAUCAAAGCCAGACAGACUUCACCUUUCUCACUGGGAAGCUCAUCAGCCGUGUCUUCAGAGCAAGAGGAACCCUUGACCCCCACAAGGCUCUGGACAUCACCAGCCGGGCGGCUCUGGCCUUCCUGCAGCGGCACCUCCACCUGGAAGAGGAGUUCAAUCAAUGGGACAACCUCCUGGAAGGCAUCGGAGACUCGGUUGUUCCGGAAGCACCGUUCUGCCGCUCCAACCUGUAG